CACGCAUCUUAGCGUUUGGUCAGGCCACUCAUGUGACGUGCUGCACCUCAUCCCUGACCCCCCACACGGGCAUUCCUUUUGUGAAACACUUGUGUCCGGGGCUGCCUGCUAUGAGCAGUCCCGUUUGGGUCCUUGCUUGUGGGUGAGGCUGAGCCAGUGAUUAGAGCAAGAGAGAGUUCACUGCUAGUCUGCGGCACACAGGGUAUCCACCAGCACCACCACACGACUGCACUCGUGGGGGGAAAACAAGGAGGACGGCGGGCAUCGCGCCAAGCAUACCCGGCAAGCAACACACCAUCACCGAAUUGGAUCUCCUGUGCACUUAGUGAAGAUUUUUUGUUCGCGCCUGACAUGAAGCUCAAUUUCCUCGCGACCACCGUGAUUCUGCUCGUUGCCUUCCUACCGCGCCGCGAAUGUCGGGCUAUUGAGAGCCCCGCCGGAGCCUUGCAAAGCCCCAACGCUCAGCAGUUGGAGCAACUACAACAGCAACACAGGUCGGGUCCCAUCCUGGAGCGCCUCGGGGAGGAGUACUUCAUCCGACUGGGCAACGGAGACCCCAACUCUUUCCCCCCUUCGUCCAUGUACCCCCUAGGAGCCGCGGGGCUCUUGAACCGCGCGCUGCAGCUGCAGCUGACUCGCCGGCUUUUGCAAGGCGGCUUUCGACAUGACGACUCGGCGGAGAGGGGACGUCGGUCCGAAGACCCGCCCAUCUCCUUGGACCUCACCUUCCACCUGCUGCGGGAGAUGAUGGAGAUGUCCAAGGCGGAGCAGUUGGCCCAGCAAGCCCAGAACAACAGAAGAAUGAUGGAGCUCUUCGGCAAGUGAAGACCAAAGACCCUGAAAUCCACCCUUAAAAAAAAAACUAUUUAUUUUUGUUGCUUUAUGAUUUACAGCUCAAAUGGAUGUUAAAUUAUGAAAAAAAAAAACUUUGUAUCCCAAGAAAAAAAAAUGCUUUUCCCCCCUGUACAUAUGACAUUUUUUGUUUGUUAAUAAACUGAUGUGCAAGCAGUCAUGUGCAGGAGAACAUUAUAUAUUUAAACAUAUAUUUUCUAAUAAAAAAAAAAACAACGACAAAGGCACGGAUCUACAUUUCU